UUGGCGCUGCAGUUCACAGUAACCUUCCCUAGUAGAAACCUUGGGGGAGGGAUAUCACGACAUGUUACGCGCAAAUACUUUUUUUCUUUCUGACUUCUGAGGGAGACUGAAAUGGUCUGUGCGUCGGGACUGUUUUGAAGAUGUCACAGAGACGUUGAUUUUCACUGGAAUGUUAUUAAAACCAGUUUCCUGGCGGUGAAAGAUGGGAUUCCUGACGGUUUGCCCGUCCGGCGUACGCGAGACCGGAUGAUGCUGAGACGGCUGAGAUCCGAGCCGGUGAACGCAUUUCUGGAGUAUCGCUGAAGACGACCUGUGUGCAGGUUCACACCGCACUCGACAGAGUGGAGCUUCCUCACCCAUGGAGAAUUACUUCCAGGCUGAGGCCUUUAACCUGGACAAAGUGCUGGACGAGUUCGAGCAGAACGAAGAUGAAACGGACACCCCCACGCUUACCGACGCCAAGUGGACUCAGAUUCUCGCUCCACCAGCUCACCUGUUGUCCCUGAACCCUGCCUUGACUCACGCUGAUCUGAGUCCGCGAGACAGCUCUCUCAACUUCAAACCUCUGCUAGAACCUUUGAGUUCUGGCAGCUCUUCCGUGGUGGAGGUAACCGCGCCUGAUGUGAAGCAGGAACUGGAAACGUGGAGUGAAGAAAGACCGGCGGAUGUCCACAGUCCCCCUUUGCUCCAGCCCAACAUCGGCAAACUGGUCAGCGCUGACGGUCAAGUGCUGGAUUCUCCUCCUGCAACAAGGUCGGCGAUUGAGAACGGGUGUCCUUCCAAACUAGAGUGCAAUGGGGUUGGCGAGGUUCCUCAGCUGCAAGAUGAUCCAAAUCCUCCUUCCGCAGAUCCACCCAGCAUCCUGGACCCGGUUGCUGGUCAACAAAGGCAACAGCAGAAUGAUGUUGCUGAGCAGGACAACGCCUGUUUUAAUGAUGGCGGUAUUUCAAAUCCUGAAGAAGGGCUUGGCCGGGGGGAGUCGGGCUUGAACAAUGGUGCUUUGUCGGUUGAGAUGGAUACCGAGGGCAUCAAGGAAAUUGGCGGAAUGGACUAUCAUUUUGCUCUUCCAAAACAGGGCAAUUCUGAGAAAGGGGAGCAUGUUCUGCAAGAACCUGGUAAUGGCACUCAGGAACUUGUAGUCAACCAAGACUGUCGUACUACAGACGCCUUUCCGAAUGGUACCAUCCCCAAAACGGAAAGCUUUGAUCAAGACAAACUGGUCACAAAAGAGAAAGAAAUGAAGAAUCAAGAUUCGGUCGUUGAAUCGGCGCAGAACGAGAGAACUCAUCCUAAUGGCCUGGUGGAAGAAAGCGAAGGAGAUCGACCGAUCCAGCCUCCUCCAACCCUUUUAAAGGAAGACUCGAUAACCGAGGAAAAGGAGUUGGAGGAGAGCAAACAGGAAUGCUGCGAGCCUAACCGAAGCUCCGAGGCAAGCUCCAAACUCAACAACGGGCGAUUACAGCUGGUCAGCGUUCCCUACGGUGGUGCGAGGCCCAAACAGCCCAUCAACCUGAAGCUGCAGAUCCCUCGAUCUUUCUCAGGGCAAGUCCAAAACGAGCUUGGCUCCACCGGCAGGAACAAGAACCUGGAGGCCCAGUGCAGGGCAGACGGCCUCGAGUCGUCUCAUGGGGGAACGGAAUCUAGGGCUUCUCGAGUUAACGGAGAGAGCGGAGAUGGUUCGUCGGGCUUGCACGUCCCCACUGAGAACCCUGACAACGAUCUCCAGGCAGGUCAGCAGGGAGUCCACGUGAGGAAACCCUUCAGCUCCCUUGGCGAAGUGGCUCCUGUGUGGGUGCCGGACUCUCAAGCACCCAUCUGCAUGAAGUGCGAAGUCAAGUUCACCUUUACGAAGAGAAGGCACCACUGUCGGGCCUGUGGCAAGGUUUUCUGUGCUGCGUGCUGCAGUCUGAGGUGCAGGCUGAUGUACAUGGACAGGAAGGAGGCGCGCGUCUGCGUGACGUGUCAUCACACUUUAACCAAUGCUCAGGCGUGGGAGAGCGCGGGGAACAGCUCCGGUCAGAGUCCGAACCCCAACAACCCGGCCGAGUACUGCUCCACCAUCCCCCCUCUCCAGCAGGCCCAGGCGUCUGGCGCUCUCAGCUCUCCACCUCCCACCGUCAUGGUGCCUGUCGGAGUCCUCAAACAACCAGGCACUGAGGGUUCUCUGUCUCGUGAGCAGAGGAGAGUUUGGUUCGCUGAUGGUAUUUUACCCAACGGAGAAACCACAGACUCCUCUAAAGGUCCCGCUCCGAACCCGAAUGCAAGCCCCGCCCCACCUCCGGCUGUGUCCCAAACCUCCCACAAAUCCACAACCAGCACUCGUGAGGUGGCCCGCGCUCCCGGAGCACCCCUGGGAAGCUCGGUCAGUCUGAUCCCAGAGGACGGACUUCCUCCCAUCCUCAUCUCCACCGGAGUUAAAGGAGGUACGGGAGGCCACAUCGCAGAUUACGCGGUGGAGGAGAAGCCGUCGGAGGUCCUGCUCCUUCAGCAGCUGGAGGAGGGAGGUCCCGAGCCGCUGGUGUUUGUGCUCAACGCUAACCUGCUAGCUAUGGUUAAGCUCGUCAACUACGUGAACAGGAAGUGCUGGUAUGUGAUGUCGAAGGGGAUGCACGCCGUGGGCCAGGCCGAGGUGGUGGUGUUGCUGCAGUGCCUCCCUGACGAGAAGAGCAUCCCGAAAGACAUCUUCAGCCAUUUUGUGCAGCUUUAUCAGGAAGCUCUGGCAGGAAACGUGUUGAGCCACCUGAGCCACUCGUUCUUCACACAGAGUUUCCUGGGCAGUAAGGAACACGGCGGGUUCCUCUACAUCUCCCCGACCUUCCAGUCUCUCCAGGACCUCCUGCUGCCCAACCCGCCCUUCCUGUUCGGGAUCUUGGUGCAGAAGUGGGAGACGCCGUGGGCUAAAGUGUUCCCCAUCCGCCUCAUGCUGCGCCUCGGAGCCGAGUACCGCCUUUAUCCCUGUCCGCUGUUCAGUGUGCGCUUCAGAAAGCCUCUUUUCGGAGAAACUGGUCACACCAUCAUCAACCUGCUGGCGGACUUCAGGAACUAUCAGUACACAUUACCGGUGGUCAGAGGUCUGGUGGUGGACAUGGAAGUGAGAAAAACCUGCAUUAAAAUCCCCAGCAACCGUUAUAACGAGCUCAUGAAGGCCAUGAACAAGUCGAACGAGCACGUGCUGGCGAUGGGGGCGUGUUUUAACGAGCGAGCCGACUCGCACCUCGUGUGCGUGCAGAACGAUGACGGGAACUACCAGACGCAGGCCAUCAGCAUCCAUCACCAACCCCGUAAAGUAACAGGAGCGAGUUUCUUCGUCUUCAGCGGAGCUCUGAAGACCUCGUCUGGGUUUUUGGCCAAAACCAGUAUAGUCGAAGACGGCGUGAUGGUGCAGAUCACAGCAGAGACGAUGGAGGCCCUGCGCCAGGCUCUGAGAGAGAUGAAGGAUUUCACCAUCGUGUGCGGAAAAGCCGAUCAGGAGGAGACGCAGGAGAACGUCCACGUCCAGUGGACAGAGGACGACUUGAACUUCAACAAGGGGGUGAUCAGUCCGAUCGAUGGAAAAUCCAUGGAGUCGAUAACGAGCGUGAAGAUUUUCCAUGGAUCCGAGUACAAAGCCAACGGGAAAGUUAUCCGCUGGACCGAGGUGUUUUUCCUCCAGAGUGACGACCAGCCUAACGGGGAUCCCGCGGAUCACAGCCGGCUGACGGAGAACGUCGCGAGAGCCUUCUGCAUGGCUCUGUGUCCUCAUCUCAAACUACUGAAAGAGGACGGCAUGGCCAAGCUGGGGCUCCGCGUCACACUGGACUCGGAUCAGGUGGGUUACCUGGUGGGCAGUAACGGUCAGCCCUUGCUCCCUCAGUACCUGAGCGAUUUGGACAGCGCCCUGAUCCCGGUGAUCCACAGCGGGGCGUGUCAGCUGAGCGAGGGUCCCGUGGUCAUGGAGCUCAUCUUCUACAUCCUGGAGAUCAUCUCUUAGAACUGAAAUUGAAACCGACCUCAUCUCUCUCUCUUUUAUUCAUUUGCACUUCAAAGAACCUGAACGCUGCAGAAACACGAACAGGAAGCAGCAGCAGCGGCGUUCCAGCAGAUCACCUAUGCACCAUUUUUACACGAACCAUCUCCAGACAUCUCCACCGGAGCCACGGGUUCCGACAAUCUCAGAGUUUUGGUGCUUGUUAUUUUUUGUUUCUCCUCCACUGUGGAAAUCUAGAAAUGCUGCUGGGAGCAAAAAAAAAAAAAAACUAAACAAAAGAGAGAGACGCUGGAGGUCUUUGAUCUGGAUGGAUGAAAGAUGGAGGUAUCAGAGCGUUCUUGGUUCUCGGAGGAACGCUGCUGAGAGGCUUGUACAGAGUCUGGAAAAAGUUACAGUUCUUUUGAUAACCAAUGAAAUUGAGCGGAUUUGGGAUUAAAAAAUGAUUUCAUACUGAAAGUAUUUAACACUAAAAAGAUGGUCGUAUAGAAAGCCAGUUCAGAAUUGUACACUAUUUCCAGCUAGCUAGCUAAAAUACAACUUAAAGGGGCGGUUUGCAAUAUAUAUAUUUUUUAGAUGUUUCUAAAUAUCUAGAAAUAUUCUUUAAAAAAAUGAUAACGUUACGAUAUUACCGUGCAGCGAAUCUUGCUAUAGAUUCUUUCGUUUCAGGCUUUUGUUUACAUUUUUCUGGCUUGGAUAUUAGCCCCGCCCCCACAUUGGAACACAUCUUGCCCGUCCCUGACAUCCUUUCGUUUGAUUUGUACAAUAGGGAAUGUACCAUUUGAAUGAUGAUCUUGUAAUUGCGAUGCACUUUGCAGACAGCAGGGGGUGCUAACGACGACAAACCGCACCUUUAAUUUCAUGCUAGCGCACCAGCACGCAACGAGCACGUCAUGUUGCCGAUUUACGCUUUUUUUUGUUUAAAAAAAAAAAAAAGGACCGUUUUUGGUUAUGAAUUAUACUGACAUUAGCGUUGUGUUACGUUAGCGUGUUUCUAUAGUUAGCCGUGUAUGCGAGCAAGCUAACUUCAUGACGCUAUUAUAUAGUUGGCCGAUCGAGUUGAGCUCAUGCUCCGCCCCUGUCGAAGCAGGAGUGCUCGUCUUUCGGGGAAAGUCUUGCUUAAUUCGAAAAACGUCUCAAAUCCGCCUCCUUUCAUUGGUUUUUGCACUUAACCAAUCAGACGCCUUUCGGCCGGGGGGAGGGGGAAAAGUCGGGUGAAACAGAGAAGUGACGAUUUUAAAAACAGGACGUUCUGCUCGGAGUGAUUUAUUUACUAUUAGCUUUAAUCACCGGAUGCUUUAUUUCAAUAGUAUGGACGUUGUUUUUGUUUGUUUGUUUAUUUGUCUGUAAGUGGAAUUCCUCCAAAGCUGAAGCGAUGUAGCGUUCCGUUUUUGACGGCGUGUUUACGGAGUGAUGGAUGGAGUGAUGAUUGUUACAGAGACGUUCAUUAGCAUUAAACUGAACCAGCAUUUCACAAGUGCUUUGCUAAUUUAACCCCAGACUGUUGUAACGCGCCCUCGUCCACUUACCUUUACGACUCCGAAUCCCUAAUUUCGCACAGCAGGUGUACUAACUAACUGCCUGUCUCGCGUUCUAGCUGGAUACCAGGUCACAGUGUGGUUUGAGAAGUAAGUAGCUCGUGCAGAAGUUUGCUAAGUAGUAGAAUUAGAUAUUCAAGCAGUUUCUGCAGAUCUAGAUCAGUUAAUCAGCUUGCUAACUGGUUACUUUGCAAACUAGCCAACGUACUCAUUAGCUAACUUUCUAGCCGGCUGCCAGAAUAAAAGUCCAGCAGGUGUCACUGACAAACUGACGAAGGAGACCUGAUUCAGAGAGUAAAACUCCAGGUUAUUCCGGGUUUCAGAGUUAGUUUAGUGCGUAUUUUGGCCGUUAGGUCUACAGCGCUGAAGUGAUGGAACGAGGGGAAGUCGACAAGGACGCGUUAAAAACUGGGAAUGAAUGAACGAAUGCUGGUGAAAGGAGGAAUGAAAACCAGGCGGACAGGUUCUAACGUGAUACAAAACCGCAGAUUCAGUCGUCUGGCCAUCGCCUCGUCUGAUCUGAAGCGAACUGUGAACCCCCCUUCAUCAGAAGAUAAUAAAUAACGGAACAAGACUUUUAAUUUGUAAAGAACUGCACUGGGAAUAAAGCCAUCGCACAGAAGCCGAGGACGGAGACGUGGAAUCGCGAGCGGAAUCGAGUGUCACGUGAUCGUCAAAAGAACUUCGCUGGAGUGCCAUGACUUUUACUUAAAGUACUCUGUAAUGCUUUUAUUACGUUGCUUUGCUUUGAUUAUCUACGACACGUCGGGCACGCGUUAACGGAGUCGAAACGGAAAACCCGCCGCGUCAUGGCGACGUCGUUCCGGAGAAACGCUGCGGGAGGAAUUUGACAGUAUUUACGUUUCAGUCGGACUCGAACGUGAUGGAAGAAAGUUCUGUGGGUCGGACCGGGUCACGGGUGAAUAAUAAACAGCCAAUCAGAAUCGAGUAUUCGGAUCAAACGUCACAUUCUCGUUAAAUCUACACGUAAACGUUUUCGUUUCAGAGCUUUAGAAAAAAGUUGGUGUCCAACAAACGCACGAGUUUGAAACGUUUUUUUUUUUGUGGAAAUUGUGGUACAAAUCCACGAUCUUAAAAAAAAAAUAAUGAAAUGAACUGAGCGAGUUGGAAUCGAUCGUCUCCGUUACAGAAACACGUGAUGGAGUUCAUUUGAACGCAGCACUUCACGUAUAAACUGUUACAAUGUUACUUUCUCUGUCUUUGAUGCAGCUCAAAGCAACAGUUACCUUUUACAGCCGUUUGAAGUCUUGUUUGGGUUUUUUUUUCAUUUCCUGUUUAAGAAGCUGUUGAUGCAGUGUUUUUUGUGUUUAUUUGUCUUUAUUUUCACGAACUGCAUGCACGAUGAAACGGGAGCUUUGGUCACAGAAAGUGUGAGAUAUGGUUAAGCGAGUGACACGAGUGACGCGUUACACACUGUAGAAGAUGUGGAUACGAGCCAGGAGAAAAGCUGAAAGAUUAAAUCCUGAUGUGGGUCAAAAACUUUCAAAUGUAAAACACGAAAAGCCAAAAAGAAGCGUUAACCUGCUACAUGUUUUUAUUUGUUUGUUUGUUUUUUUGUCAAUAAAAUGGAGACUUUAUGAAAAAGCUGUAUUAUAUGUAAAAUAAAAACCUUCUGAAAUGCUGUGUGCGUGUGUGAGACUGACAUCCAUGAUCAUGACUGGAAUUUCAAUUAAAUAAAACAUUAUAUGUAAAUAAUCAAAUAA